UUUUAUGCCAUUUUUAAAGGGGAAGUAUUUUUAAUGUACCAUAUUAAAUAAUACUACUAACCUUAAAAUAUAGAUACUCAGAAACUAAAUUUCUUUGCGCCGAAUAUGCUGCUGUAGAAAACACAGUACAGUAUAUAUCUAUUAUAUGCAAGAUUUAGGUAAAUAAUGCUAAUUAGCAGAGCAACAUACACAUCGUACGAGGUAACUGACACGUCACAGAGGUGAGUAGUGAUAGUAGUAGUAGUAGUAGUAGUAGUAGUAGUAGUAGUAGUCAUCUUCAGUUUUGCACACUCAUUAACCACCACACAGAAACACCACCACACCUUGAGGCAAACUGAGCUCCGUUCUCACAGCUGUCUCUCUUGAUCAAGCUGGCCCAUCAGCGCUGCUCUAUAUUUACCUUCAUCCUGGCUUACAUGCAUGAGAGAGGAGGAGGAGGGGGAGGACUAGAUGAACAAGGGUUAGCAGCUCAGGGACACUUUGAUUAAACACCAGCCUGGGAGGGGUCAGAGGCUGAGUCGGGACCCCAGGAUGAUUCUCUCUCCCCUGGCUAUUGUAAACAUUCUCUCCACUGGACACUGGGAGAGCUGUUAAGCUGGCAACUAGGUACCAAACAGCUCUGUGUCACAUGAGAGGUCUGUCUGGAGUCACAGCGGCCUGGGAUACUAUUCUUAGCUGCAGAAAUGUACACAGUGGCCUCAUGGCGAGCUCCACAGUGCCUAACUGGAAAACCUCGUCAUUUCUCCUUGUCAUUCUCCUUUUCUUUUCCAGACUACACUACCCACUUUCUCUCUGGACAAUGUUUUGGACCUUUUGUGGUUGGAAUUGAUUUUUUUUUUUAUUAUUAUUAUUCAUAGCAGGCUGAAAAGACAUUUUGGAUAUUGUUGAUUCUGACGGCAGGAGAAUGGCCUGUAAACCACAAGAUGUUUUCUCUUUCAAAGACUGUGAACUUCCCUCCCACCUACUUGCUCGGCUCAAUGUCCUCCGGCAGGAGCGUAUUCUGACAGAUGUCUUGCUCUGCACAGCGCACCAGGAGAUCCCCUGCCACAGGAAUGUCUUGGUGUCCAGCAGCCCGUACUUCCGUGCCAUGUUCUGCAGCAACUUUCUGGAGAGCAGCCAGACCCGUGUGAACCUAAAGGGAAUCUCCUCAAAUAUCCUCAGUGGCAUUGUGGACUAUGUUUACACAGGCUGCAUCACUAUCACCAUGGAGAUUGUGCUCCCACUCAUGCAGGCAGCAUCCAUGCUCCACUAUGGAGGUCUCUUUGAGGCCUGCUCAUUGUUUCUUCAGGGGCAGCUGAGCCCAGAAAAUUGCCUGAGCAUGAUACGACUCUCUGAGAUCCUUCACUGUGAGAGUCUGAGGGAGAAAGCAAAAGAAAUGGCUGUGAGGUGUUUUUCUGACGUUGCUGCCACAGAGGAUUUCUGUGAGCUGUCUCUUCCUGAGCUCAUGUGUUACUUAGAGGAUGACCGGCUUUGUGCUGAAGAGGAGCAAGUGUUUGAGACCCUCCUGGCAUGGAUCCACCAUGACCCAUUCUCACGACGUGGUGCAAUCCAUGAUCUCUUCAAGAAAGUCCGUCUUCGCUACAUCCAUCCAACAUACCUUUUCCAGUUUAUUGCCAACGACCCACUGGUGCAGUCCUCCACCCUCUGUACUGAGAUAAUCGAAUCAGUACGCCGUCUCAUGCUUACUGUCAGCACCAAGUGUAGCCGUGAGCUCAAGCCACUUUGGACCACACCGAGACGUUACACCUGCAGAGAAACAUUGGUGGUGGUUGGAGGACGCAAAAACAAUGAGCAGACGUCACGAGAAGCCCUACUAUAUGAUGAAAGGACUCAGCGUUGGCAGUGGCUAGCCAAGCUCCCUCUACGCCUCUACAAAGCCACAUACGUGUGCAUUCACAGCAUCCUAUAUGUUCUCGGUGGGCUCAACCUUUGCAUGACAUCAGGCGAAAGCUCAGUCAGUGCCACAGUUUACACGCUCUCACUUAAGACCAACCAGUGGAGGACUGCUGAGCCCAUGCUGGAGCCACGAUACGCCCACCAGAGUGUGUCCUAUCUGCACUUUAUUUUUGUGUUAGGAGGCAUUGGGGUAGACAAGCGAAUCUCUAAGUCAGUAGAGAGAUAUAACAGCAUGUUUAAUCAAUGGGAGGCCAUGGCACCAAUGCCCACAGCAGUGCUGCAUCCAGCAGUUGCAGCCAGUGAUCAGAAGAUCUAUGUUUUUGGAGGAGAGGAUGCCAUGCAGAAUCCUGUCAGGCUGAUUCAGGUGUAUCAUAUCUCUCGCAACUUGUGGUCUAAGCUAGAGACAAGGACUGUGAAAAAUGUUUGUGCCCCUGCUGCCAUCAUAGAGGACAAGAUCUACAUUGUAGGAGGGUACACCAGGCGAAUGAUAGCUUAUGACACCAAAGCCAACAAAUUUGUCAAGUGUGAGAAUCUAAAGGAGCGACGGAUGCAUCACAGCGCCACAGUGAUUAACAACAAGCUCUAUGUCACUGGUGGACGCAUCCUCAAUGGCCACGAUGUCAUCGAGGACUCGGACUGCUUUGAGUGUUACGAUCCGAAGACAGACGUGUGGACCUCAAAAGGUUCUUUACCAUACAAGUUAUUUGACCAUGGCUCUCUGCCGCUAGUCUGUGUUUCCAACAGACCCAACCUGCCAUGACCUUAGGAACUUGUGGCAAAUGCAUUUCUGCAUAUUCUACAACUCCUUUUUGCCAUGAUUUAUUGGCUUCUAACUAUACAAAUGGGGAACCAUGUAAAACUGACUGCAUUCCGUCACGAAGUUCAGUCUUUGUCACAAUUUGGCAGCACGUUAGGCCAUGCUGAAUUAAAGGAGAGCUCAGCUGAUGUGUAGAGGGGCCUUUUGCUAAGGCACCGGCAGGUGGAAAGGAAUUGACAACCCCAGAGACGAGUCAUCCUUACACAACAAGCAGCUGCUUAGACACAUAUGCAAUCUAAAAAGCUUUUUCCACAGAUGGCUGGGUUGUUUCAUGUUAACUAAAUGUGUUAAUGCUAUAAUUUCCUUGACAUUUAUUCACAGCAUAUCACUCUGUCUGGCAGCUGCAGAUCACUUUUCUCUAACAAAUAUGCAGGGAAUUAAUUACAUGUCAGGCUGCUUGUUAAUCUGUGAGGUCUGCUUGUCUUGUAAAACUAAAAUGGACAAAUCAGACCGCUCAUACAUUUGCACUUUAUAGAAAAACAUUCCUCCUCAACCCACAUGAUGUCAGAGUGCACUUGGCCAUGAGAACAACUGUGACAGAACAUGGACAAGCUCCCAUAGAAAAGUAUUCCUUUGUGUUUACUGAAAUGUUUCUAAGAAGAAAAGCAAUUAACUGAGCAAUUAACAUGAUGUUUUAGAUUAGUCGUAGUGUCUUACUACAACUGCUGGUCACUGCUGUCUUUCUGGAGCCCACAGCACCUGGCCCUGGUGAUGACGGCAGUUAUCAGCCAUUAAGAUCAUCUGUUGCAUUCAUCCCUGUAGUGAGUCUGUCUGUUUAAGACUGCAUGAUGCACAAUACAGUAUGUUGCUGUUA